ACAAGAUGGCCGCCGCCUUGCAACGCUGAUGAUUUUGUAUCACAGUGUCAAUGUUACAUAUUUCCUUCCAGGCAGCAUGCAAGUUUCGGAGAACGGACACAUUUAACGACUAAAAACUCCUACCUUCAAGCGCUUCGUCGAACAACCGGAAUGUUGCAGGUAAUAGGCAAUAGAGGCGUCCAGGUCGCUCGGCUGCUGGCGCCCAGGCACACAGUGCUGGUGGAGGCUGUACGCGGGCGAAAGUCGCGCACGGACCCAGUGGCCAAGUCCAAGCAGGGCCGAAUCAAAGUGCCUCCUCCGGUGGACCCGGUGGAGAUGGUGGUGCUACGGGAGAGAUACACCGAGUACAAGCUCAUCUUGAGGGCACUGCGUCUGGAGUUUAAGGAGGAAGUGCUCCGCAAGAAGUAUGAGGAGGAGACGGGCUCCAUGGCGGAGGAGAGAAUGAGGCAGGAGGCUGUGGAGCAUCGUGACCUCAUGGCGUGGAACGACCAGGAGAACCACCGCCUGCUCCAACUACGACUUUUGAGGAUCCAGAAAGAAACUGAAGAGGCAGAGCGCAAAAACUUGGAAGUAGCACUUCAACGUGAACAAGAACAAGAAGAAUUCCUCAGGCAGAAAGAAGAGGAGGUGUUGCAGUUGCAGGAGGAUGCAAAGAACUUCAUAACUCUGGAGAACUUGGAUCAGCGCAUAGAAGAAGUUCUGGACAACCCCAAGAAUUACAACUUUGCUAUCGACAAGGAAGGGAGAGCUGUGAAACAAACUGUGUUGCAAUGAAGCAGCCCGUUUGUGCGCCAUUCCAAGUCCAAACAGAAAGUGGAUUUUCUUCAGACUUCCAGCACAGUGAAUACAGAUGCUCCUGGAGUUGAAGAAAAACAUCAGGCUACUAACUUACUAACAUAAUUGAUGAACAGUCAUUGAUGACAGCGUCCAUGUUCAAUGGAAGCCCUCAAAACAAAGACAGCCUGGCUUGUAUUUGUCCUGUUGAUAUCAUGAUUUAUCAUUUUAUUCUCUAUGUACCUCAAACCAACAAGAUCAUUUAUUCCCCAAGUCUUUUUGCAUUUCAGUCUGUCUCCAGCCCGUGGAAUAAAUGUAUGAAUGGACAAAUGUUCGUAUAAAUGAAUGUAUACACCACUAAAUCACUAGUAAUAUUUCCUUACUGCAGGAGUAUCCAAACCUUUUUUGAAAAUGAAGGGUCCACUUUGAUAUCCUUUGCCUUUUACUACUUGCCAAUAGUUUAGGGAUGAAACCUUAUUUUUUUUUUAUUUUCACGCCUAAGAGGACUAUGGUCGAAGUGUGAAAAUAUUUUCAUCAAGUUUGAGCAGUGUUGUGAUAUUGAUCAUUUUUGGUCACAAUAACCACAUGAAAUGAUCGGAAUGUUUCAUCUGAAAUGUACUGUAGGUCAAGACAUGCGAAGCAAGACAAAAUGCCUGACAUCUCAGCUUUGUGCUAAAACCACAACAAACCGAUUAUUAGUACAGGAGGUCCCCGCUUUAUGUGGGGGUUACACUCCGGGACCACCAGCGAAUGGACACGAGUAAUUGAU